AGACGAGAUUAUAGUGAAAAGUAGAGAAGAGAGAGACCCAAAGAAACUGCUAUGUUUUUCCUUUAACUCUAUAUUAUAUUCACAGCGGGUUCCAAGCUUGAUAUGGAACAUGAUAUUUGUGAUAUCUCCCCCAUACUCUCGUGAAUCCUAAUGCCUAUCAUCCAUCCAUAACGUUAUUCACACAACUCCUGGCACUUCCCAUGUGCUCUUGCUUCACCUUGCUCGAAUCAAACGGUUCUAGACCCUGCCAACUCUCUUUGGUUUCAUAGCUUAAAAUCAAGUCUCCAGGACUUCAUUUGCAUAAAUGAAGAUAAAGAUCUGCGAGCUUUGCUUGAUUACAGUGUAAGCUAGAAAGAGAUAAAAGAGAUGAAGCAGUGUAAGGUGACUGUGUUUGUAAAAGAACUCUCCAUCCGUAUUAGAAGAGUCAAAGGAAGAAAUUUGCAUGUCACAACCACCAUUUUCUUCGGUUUGUCAGUAGCAUUUUUCGUAAUGGUACUAGGAUGUUUCAUCAACAAUCGUGCUAGAAAAUUCCUAUCCUCUAAUAAUGAGUUUUACUUUCCGCAACUCGCAACAUUUUAUACAAUGUCACCUUCACCUUCAUGUUCUUCUUCAUCUGCUCAUUCCUUGAGAGAUUGGAUAGCUCCCAUGGAGCUAUCACAUUCGAUGAGCGACGAGGAGCUAGCGUGGAGAGCAUCAAUGGUGCCACAUAUGGUAAAUUACCCCUACAAUCGGACGCCAAAGGUGGCAUUCAUGUUCUUAACCAGGGGGAGAUUGCCGUUAGCACUGCUCUGGGAAAAGUUCUUCAAGGGACAUGCUGGGUUCUACUCAAUAUACAUCCAUACUUCCUUAGAACUCAAUAACGAACCACCAGAAUCCUCAGUGUUUUACAAGCGGAGAAUACCAAGCAAGCCAGCAGAAUGGGGACGAGCCACCAUGAUGGAUGCGGAGAGGCGCCUAUUAGCCAAUGCCCUACUUGAUUUCUCGAAUGAGAGAUUUGUGUUACUUUCUGAAACAUGUAUUCCUCUAUUCAACUUCACAACAAUUUACAACUAUCUCAUCAACUCCAACCAAAGUUUUGUAGGCUCAUUCGACGACCCACGGAAAAUGGGUCGUGGUCGUUACAAUAAACGAAUGUGGCCAACCAUAUCAUUGUCCGAUUGGCGUAAAGGCAACCAGUGGUUCGAAGUUCGCCGGAGGUUGGCGGUAGAGAUAGUAUCAGAUGUGAAAUACUACCACAUUUUUGUGAACCAUUGCAAGCCUCCAUGUUACAUGGAUGAGCACUACUUGGCAACCCUUGUGACAAAAACUCACCCGGACAUGAACUCAAACAGGAGCAUCACUUGGGUUGAUUGGUCCAGAGGUGGGUCGCACCCUACAAGGUUUGUGGGGAAGGAUGUGUCCGAAACGUUUCUGAAUCGGGUGAGACAUGGGUUUAAUUGCAGUUAUAAUAAUGGUAACACCACCACAAUUUGCUUCCUUUUCGCGAGGAAGUUUGAAGCAAACACUCUAGAGCCUUUGUUAAGGAUAGCUCCAACACUGCUUGGGUUUAAUCCUUAGGAGACUUGUAUGGCCCAAACAUAACAUUCUCGUUUGAGUAUGUAAUUUUUUUUUGGCUAUUCUUUUUGAAUUGUUUUUAAAAUUGGCAACCCCAGUAUGAAUA